AUGACCAGCAACGUCGCCAACGAGGCCCUGGCCGUCGACGCCGUGCGCCCCGCGGCGCCGUCCGGCGUCCGCCCAUCCUCGGCCGGCCUCCUUCUCGAGCUCGGAGGCCAUGGCGGCGGCGGCCAUGGCGGGCCUCGAGCUCGGGCCGUGGAGGGAGGCGCGCCAUGGCCUCCGAACCGAGGCGAGUCGUGCACCCGCGCAAGGGCCGCCGGCAACGCCGGCCACGCGAUCCCACCGCCGGCGACCCCGCUCCACCCCCGCCCGCAGAUCCACCCGCAACCGCCCACCCGCUGCCCGCGCAUCCCACCUCGACCGCGCAUCCCACCUCGCCCGCGCCCGCGCCCGCAGAUCUCGGCGCCGCAAGCCGUGCGUCCGCCAUGGCUGCAGUCCCCGUGGCCUCUCGGGCCUUCUCCGCCGCGGCCUGCGCGCCGCACGCGCCGGCGCCCUUGGCCUCGGUGCUUCUCCACCGCGGUGCGCGCGGCCUCCGCGUCCGGCCUCCCCAUGCUUCUCCACCGCGGUGCGCGCGGCCUCCGCGUCCGGCCUCCCCAUCUCCUCCUGUCGCGCCAGAUGGACGCGGGCUUGGCCGCCACCCUCAUGCGGAGACGCGCGGGUGGCGCCGCCCUGAUCGCCGCCACUGUUGUGAAGCAUGGGUGCGAUGGGGCCGCCAUUGUGUUCGAUGAAAUGCCUCACCCGGUGGACGGCUUGUCCACGUACGCAGCGCGGCCACCCGGCUUGUGGCCGGCGCGGCGCAGCAGGUGCGCGAGCGAUGCGAGUGCGCGCGCUCCCACGACACACGCUGACUGCCUGCCUGCCCACACGGGACGCGCCCGGCCCGAUGCGCGCAGGCGCAGGCAUAAAAAGGCUGCCGGGCGUUGGCGGCACGCGGGCGCUCCACGUUGUUCCGGAACUUCCCGUCCCGCCCGCGCGACCACCGCCGCGCCGGAGGGAGCCGGCGUGGACCCGCCCACGCGGCUCAUCGGCAACUUCCUCCGGAAGCAGGCGGCGUCCGGCGGCGAGUUGUCGCUCGACCCCGACCUGGACAUGGAGGAGCUCGGGAGGGCGGCGCAGCUGCGCGAGCAGCCGUCCUUCUCCAGCUCGCUGGAGCGGGACGCGCGCGUCUCCUUCCGGGAGCCCCAGAAGCGGCGCUCCACGUCGCCGUGUUCCUCCGAUUCCGACACCGACGACGGCCGGAAGCGCGGCGGCGGCGACGGCGACGACGGUGACGUGGUUCGCUGCACGUCGUCUUCAACUGCCGCGGGGGCGGGCCCGUUGCUGCGAGCCAAGACGCGCUCCCGGCUCAUGGACCCGCCGCCGCAGUCGCAGCCGGCGCCCGCCGCGGCUCCUGUCAUCGACGAGGAGCGGAAACCUUCAAUCCCGCGGACACCUACAAAGUCCGGCCAGCUCUUCUCGGGGCUUAUGUCUAAAAAAUCCGGGCCCAUGGGCGGCAAGUCAGGACCCAUGGACGAGGAGGAGGAGGACCCAUUCGCGGACGAGGACAUCCCCGAUGACUUCAAGCGUGGGAAGCUGGAUGCUCUCACUGUCUUGCAGUGGCUCGGGUUGUUCCUCGUUAUCGCAGCAUUGGUGUGCAGCGUCACCAUAAGGAUCUUGUCCGAGAAGAAGGUGCUGGGUUUGCACCUCUGGAAGUGGGAGCUCCUCGUGUUCGUGCUCAUCUGCGGCCGUCUCGUCUCCGGAUGGGUCAUCAGGAUUGCUGUGUUCGGCGUCGAGCGCAACUUCUUGCUGCGGAAGCGUGUGCUCUACUUUGUGUAUGGCAUGCGCAGCGCCGUGCAGAACGCGCUCUGGCUCGGCCUGGUGCUCGCCUCUUGGCACUUCAUGUUUGACAAGAACGUGCAGCAGGAAACGAACUCUCCGGUGCUGCCCUACGUGACGAAGAUACUAUUCUGCUUCCUGGUUGCCACACUCAUCCGCCUCGUCAAGACGUUGCUGCUCAAGGUGCUGGCUUUGUCCUUCCUUGUCUCCACAUAUUUUGAUCGGAUUCAGGAAGCACUGUUCAACCAGUAUGUCAUCGAGACACUCUCUGGGCCACCACUAGUGGAUGAGAACCAUGUGCUUCAGGAGGUUCAUGAGCUCCAGGGUGCAGGCGCAACAAUACCGAAGGAGCUUCGAGAUGCAGUGCCAACCAAGAGUGUGUCUGGGCAAAGGAACAUUCAGUUAUCAGGGGUCAUGCCUAAGGGAGAAGGUAGCAAGCAGUUGUCAAAGGAGAAAGGGGAGGGGAUCUCAAUUGAUAUGCUUCAUAAGCUCAACCAGAAAAAUGUCUCAGCGUGGAACAUGAAGAGGUUGAUGAGGAUUGUUCGGUUUGGGACACUGACAACUAUGGAUGAGCAGAUACAGCAGGCAACGGGUGAGGGGGAUGAAUCAGCGACACAGAUACGCAGUGAAUACGAGGCAAAGAUAGCUGCCAAGAAGAUAUUUAACAAUGUAGCAACUCCAGGCUCCAAGUACAUAUACUUGUCAGACUUGAUGAGAUUCAUGAGGCGGGAAGAGGCCAUCAAAGCGAUGAAUCUUUUCGAAGGAGCACAGGAGCACAACAGGGUCAGCAAGAGGUCUCUCAAGAAUUGGGUGGUGAAUGCCUUUAGAGAGCGCAAAGCUCUUGCCCUUACACUUAAUGAUACAAAAACUGCAGUAAACAAGCUGAACCAGAUGGCUAAUGUCGUUGUGGGGAUCGUUGUGUUUGCGCUCUGGCUUUUUAUUCUGGGUAUAGCGACAACACAUUUCUUUGUCUUCCUCAGUUCACAGAUUCUCCUGACAGUUUUCGUGUUUGGGAAUACACUGAAGACAGUUUUUGAGGCAAUUGUCUUCUUGUUCAUGAUGCAUCCUUUUGAUGUUGGUGAUCGUUGUGAGAUUGAAGAUGUUCAGAUGGUUGUUGAGGAAAUGAAUAUCAUGACUACAGUGUUUCUCCGAUAUGAUAACCUGAAGAUCUAUUAUCCAAACAGUGUACUUGCAACCAAACCAAUUAUGAAUUUUUACAGAAGUCCUGACAUGGGAGAAGGAAUUGACUUCUCCAUUCACGUUGCAACACCCGUAGAGAAACUGGCUCUCAUGAAGGAACGCAUACUACGUUACAUUGACAACAAGGAGGAGCACUGGUACCCAGGUGCUAUGGUCGUCCUCCGGGACGUUGAUGACACCAACAAGCUGAAGGUAUCAAUUUGGCUUCGGCACACGCUCAACUUCCAGGACAUGGGCAUGAGGUGGGUGAGGCGCGAGCUCGUGCUCCAGGAGAUGAUCAGAGUCUUGAAGGAUCUCGAGAUAGAGUACCGGAUGCUGCCACUCGAUGUUAACGUGCGGACUGCGCCCCCGAUCCAAUCCACAAGGAUGCCCACAACAUGGAGUUAUUCGUGAGGCAAUGUCAAGGCCGGACCUUUCGUCCGUGAGGUUGCAGAUGAGCGACAUACUACGUUCCUCCAUGGAUCUGGUGGUUUUCAGCUGCAAAGACUUGGUGGGAGCUCGAGUGGUCUAAACUGCAGGUGCAUGGUAGCGACUAGGGCUAGAGAACAGCAGAUUAGCUUGGUAGAGAGCUGAUAGUGGUGCCUCCUGCAGCCGUCACUUGUGCCUGUGCACCCUAUAAUUACUGUACUCUGUUGCGUGGUCAUACCUUUCGAUUUUGUACAUCGGAUGCAAAAUGGUGGCUGAGAGAGUGAUAAUGAUGGCAA